AUGCACCACAAUGGACCGCGUAUUGAAGAAAUGGUGGAUCCACCGUCCAGGAGCACAACAAACCAGUUAAAAAAUGAUACAGAGUAUAUCAAAUCAGAAUAUCGCAGAAUCAGCCAUCUUCCAGACUUCAACAGAGACCCAGAAUUAAUCCAGGAGGUUAUGAAUUUGACAAAAAGAUACAUCGAAAAGUGGCUACGAGAAGAAAGAGACGAACCGAAUAUGGAGCGUCAAGGAUGGAUUGAGCGCUUCAAAACAAAGCUUCGUGAAUGGGAAACGAAAAAAGAAACCGCAGAAGAUGAAUACUAUACACGACGAGACGCGUCUUCGAAUGAAGAGAAAAAUAGAGAAAUCGCACGGCGGAGAGCCACCGAUUCUCAGAUGAAUAUCACAGGUCUCCACGAUAGCACCAGACUGAAUCAACAAUCUUAUUCACGCUCCUAUGAAAACCGGAAUAGAAGAUACAGUUCUGAUGAAGACGAUGAUGAGAAUAUGGCACCCCAGCGACGUCAACGCUCUCGGUCUCCUCCAUCGUUUGCUCACCACCAACGUCGAGAUGAUUCUGGGUCGUACUACAGAAGUCAUCACACUCAAAAUUCUUCAAAUCAAAGAACUCAUAACACUGAUUUUAGCUCGCAUUAUAGAGGGCAAUACGGACCAUCAACGUCGCAAAAUGUGGGCAUGCCAUCAAAUGCUCAGAACGUGAGGAUGCGCUCAGGAAAAAGCAGAGUCACAAAGACGCGUAAUCGCAAGUGGCGACCUGGACAGAGAGCGCUUGAGGAAAUUCGAAAAUACCAAAAGUCCACCGAUAUGCUGAUUCAGAAAGCUCCCUUUGCACGUCUUGUCCACGAAAUUAUGCGCGAAGCAACUUCGGAAAGUCAAGAUUUUCGGAUUCGUGCAGACGCUUUGAUGGCUCUUCAAGAAGCGGCAGAAGCGUUCAUGGUGGAGAUGUUCGAGGGAUCCGUGUUGAUUUGUAAUCACGCGAAAAGAGUAACUCUCAUGCCGACAGAUAUUCAAUUAUAUCGUCGCUUAUGUCUUCGGAAUCUUUCAUGA